AGCACUUGUCCUCUGCUCAGAAUGUCUUUGCCCAACUCAGAGAAUGCCUCCACCCUGGAGAACGCCAUGCAGCUCAUGAUCCAGACUUUCCAUAAGUACUCUGGAAAUGAGGGGGACAAAUAUACACUGAGCCGGGCUGAGCUCAAAGAGAUGCUUACCGCAGAGCUGGGCAACUACCUGGGGAAUGCCCAGGAUAAGGAGGCGGUGGACAAGGUUAUGGGAGACCUGGACUCCAACAAUGACGGGGAGGUUGAUUUCACUGAGUUUAUAAUAUUGGUUGGAGCUCUUACUGUGGCAUGCAACGACUUCUUCCUGGAGUUCAACGAAAAGACGGAGAAGAAGAAGUGAACACGCCCAUCGACUCAAAGAUGUUCUCACUGCAAACAACACACUCCAGGGAGGAAACAGUCAAGACAGGAGAGAAGAUCUGAGUAGGACAUCUAUCACAAACUUCACUUGCGCAAAUACACACAC